CUCUCUGCCGAUAAUCCGUCGUAGUAGUUGCUCAGUAUAUUUGCGUCUCUGUCUGCUCUAUGGAACACAUGUGAACGUCUUUUGACUCUGAGAAAUCAAAAUAGAAAAGGAUUGUUUAGUGAUCUGUCGGAUAUUUGAGCGUGAUAAAGUCUGCAAAAAUCGCUGCAAAAAUUAAAAUAAAAAAUUUAAAAUCAAAAAUAAAUUUGAAAAAUGUGAUAAAGUGAAAGAAUAUUUCGCUUUCUGGAAUUUCCUGUGUCUUAUUAUGAAUAAAAAAAAAUUAUAUGUGAAAAAAUAGAAGGGAAGACAACAAAAAAAAGUACUUACUUGCUUCUAGUAUAGUCGUCACUCAUAGAAACAUCAUGAUUAGUCAAAUAAAACCAGACGUUUAAAAAAUAAAUAUAGUAAAGUAGCGUAAAAAUAGAUCGGCAGCGGAUAUCAAAUAAAUACAUAAAAAAAAAUAAUAAAAGAAUAUAAACAUAAUUUAGAAAAUACAAGAAAUAUUUCUUACCUGUGAAGACGUGAAGAGUGGAAACAAUAUUUGUUCGCGAUGAGUGGCAAAAGAGUUUGGACGAUGGAAAAUACGGAAGAUAAUCCCGAAGCACCCGUUGACCCUGGGUUUGGCUCUCGCGGUUACACAGAACAGGAUUAUGAAGGUCAUCGGGCACAUACAAUGUUCUUUGGGGUGCAUGUCCCGAACAGAAGAUCGCAUCGACGACACAAGGGAUCGCAAAAGCAAAUGUCGGGAAAGGGUUCGAAUGAUACAGAAAAGCAAACAACUCCCCCUGCUCAACGUGUUCAAUUCAUCCUUGGCGAAGAAGUUGGCUCCGAUGGAGAUCCUUCCAACGUUGAAACGCAUCCACUUUUUUCGGAAAUGGAAGAAUUAGUCAAAGACGGCGACGAAAUCGAGUGGAAAGAAACCGCAAGAUGGGUUAAAUUCGAAGAAGAUGUUGAGGAAGGAGGCAAUCGUUGGUCAAAACCGCAUGUCGCUACAUUAUCCCUCCAUUCCCUCUUCGAAUUGCGGAGCUACAUCCUGAAUGGCUCCAUCAUGCUCGACAUGGAAGCGACAAAUUUGGAGCAAGUAGCUGACCUUGUGUGCGAAAAUAUGGUCAACAAUGGGCAAUUGUCGAGUGAAACGCGCGAAAAAGUGCGCGAUGCGUUGCUCCGACGACACCGACAUCAACACGAACAAGCCAAAAAGAACAACAUGACGAAACUUCCGUUGAUCCGAUCGCUCGCAGACAUCGGCAAAAAUCAUUCCGCGACAAAAAGCGAUGAUUCACCAACAAAUUCGCACUCGAUAGCAAUGGCUAUUAUGGCUUUUCACACUCCCAACGCUGGAAUUUCCUUUGGUCCAGCUCUACCUCUCUGCGGGGAUCCCAUUCAAGGGUCGUUGCCUGUUCCCCCGAGUUUGGCUGAAAUAAAUAAAGGUGAAACCAUCGCAACUAGCCCGAGUUCCGUGUCGAUGCAGCGAAAUAGCAGCUCCGGCGACUUGGAAGAGAAGCACAAGACAAACACAAAUUUCAUGCGGAAGAUUCCGCCGGGUGCUGAAGCGAGUAACAUUCUCGUUGGCGAAGUAGAUUUCUUGGAUAAAAGUUUGGCGGCGUUUGUGCGACUCAAUCAAGCGUACAUUUUGGGCGAUUUGACGGAGGUUCCUGUGCCAACGCGUUUCAUUUUCAUCCUUUUGGGACCUCCGGGUAGUCAAAGUGGCUUCCAUGAAGUUGGCAGAGUAAUGGCAACUCUUAUGAGUGACGAGGUUUUCCAUGAAGUUGCGUACCGAGCGAAGAAACGAGAUCAUUUAAUCGCAGGAAUCGACGAAUUUUUGGAUGCUGUCACAGUUUUGCCUCCAGGAGAAUGGGAUCCGUCGAUCAGAAUUGAACCACCUGCAUCUGUUCCGUCACAAGAAGUGCGCAAAAAGCCCGAUAAAAAAGACAAAAAGGAGGAAAUUAACGAAGAGGAGCUCGAACAGAAGCUCCGAGAGGAAUCUGGAUUGUCGAGGACAGGAAAAUUGUUUGGCGGAUUAAUUAACGAUUUCAAACGGAAAAAGCCCUUUUACUUCUCCGAUUUCAAGGAUGCUUUGUCACUUCAAUGCGUUGCUUCAUGGAUUUUCUUGUAUUUUGCGUGCUUAAGUCCAAUUAUUACUUUUGGAGGCUUACUUGGACAAGCAACAGGCAACAAUAUCGCAGCUAUGGAAAGUUUACUGUCGGGUUUCGUGUGCGGCGUCGGUUACGGGCUCUUUUCGGGGCAACCAUUGACAAUUUUAGGCUCGACAGGUCCCGUUUUGGUAUUUGAGACGAUUGUUUAUGACUUUUGUCAGCGCGUUGGAUGGGAUUACAUCACGUUCCGCAUGUGGAUUGGCGUUUGGAUUGCUGCCAUUCUCAUUUUGCUCGUUGCUAUCGAUGCCAGCGCCUUCGUUUGCUACAUCACACGCUUCACGGAGGAGAAUUUCGCCUGUCUCAUCGCUUUCAUCUUCAUCUACAAGGCAAUCGAGAACGUGCUGAAGAUCGGCAAGGAUCAUCCGCUGAACAUGGGACAAAAUUACGAUUGUUCGUGCGUGCCGCCGGGCGAAGAUGCACGUUCCAUCUACAAAAUUCACGAGGUUUCGUCGCGCGGAAAGGCAUAUUGUCUGUCAAUUAAUGGAACACUCCUUGGAGACGAUUGUGAUAAGCCGGAAUUCGUUUCUGACGUCUUUUUGAUGUCGAUUAUCUUGUUUACCGGCACGUACAUCAUAUCAGUUGUGUUGAAGGACUUUAAAAAUGCGCUCUUUUUCCCCGCUGGAGUACGUCAAGUUGUCAGUGACUUUGCAGUAAUUAUUGCCAUCUUCACAAUGACCAUUUUUGAUUACGUCACGAAGGUUCCAACGCCCAAACUCGAUGUCCCGAGCGAGUUGAAACCAACUUUGCCGGAUCGCGGAUGGAUUAUUAUGCCGUUUCACGAGAAAAAUCCCGUUUGGACUUGUGUUCUUGCCGUCAUUCCCGCGUUACUUGGCACAAUUUUAAUAUUUAUGGAUCAACAAAUCACGGCGGUUAUUAUAAAUCGCAAAGAAAACAAAUUAAAAAAAGGUUGUGGUUACCACUUGGAUCUCUUUGUCCUUGCUGGGCUUAUUUUAAUCUGCUCCAUUAUGGGUUUGCCAUGGUUCGUUGCUGCAACUGUUUUGAGCAUCAAUCAUGUCAACUCGCUAAAAGUUGAGUCGGAAUCCGCUGCGCCGGGAGAAAAACCUCAAUUUUUGGGGGUACGCGAGCAACGGGUUACUCACAUUAUGAUAUUUGUUACCAUUGGAUGCUCUGUUAUGCUGACACCGUUGUUGAGUCAUAUUCCAAUGCCCGUGCUCUUCGGUGUCUUUUUAUACAUGGGCGCCGCAUCACUCAAGGGACUUCAAUUCUUCGAUCGUCUCCUUAUAAUGUUGAUGCCAGUCAAGUACCAACCUGAUUUCAUGUUUUUACGACAAGUACCAAUCAAACGUGUGCAUUUAUUUACACUUAUUCAACUGGCUUGCUUAGUGUCCCUUUGGUUAAUCAAGUCAUUCUCCGCUACAUCUAUUCUCUUCCCCCUCAUGUUGGUCAUCAUGAUUGCCAUCAGAAAAUCGUUAGAUUUUGUAUUUACGAGACGCGAGCUCAAAAUUCUCGAUGAUAUUAUGCCGGAAAUGGUGCGACGCGCCAAUGUUGAUGACGUUGAAAAUUUAGAAACAGAGGAGGGUAACAAAGAUGCCGAAUCAAAACUUAAUACCUCAACAUCAAAUGGAAAUCUUACUAGUUCAAUUAAUAUUAGCGAAGAAGUCAACAAAACCACAAUUUGGAAACAAGUCAAUGAUGGAAAGCUGUUUUUCACGCGAAAAUUCAAAGAAAAUAAGGAUAAGGGCAAUGAUAAAAGUGACAAAAAGGACAAAUCCUUGGAUAUGAUAAAAGAAGUUGCCGACACCGACAAUGAAAAAAGCCGAAAAACCAGCAACGUUUCACAAGUUUAAACUUGCAAAAAAAAACCUUAGCGAAUAAUUAUUCUUAUACAAGAUAUUUAAUUUGUCUAUCAAUCUUUCAAUCAUAUAAAAAAAAAAUUAACAACUUAAUUAGUACAACAUUUACAAAACAAACAAAAAUGAAUAUUUAUCGCUGGAUCAAAUAAAAAAUAGACAAACGGUACGAUAUACAACAAUUAAAUACAAUAAAAAGAGAAAAAAAAUCACAACUUAGGAGAUUAAAUAAACUAACAGUUACAGUAGCAGAAAUAAUUAAAUAAAUGUUCUUUCCCAGUUUGAUUUGGGAAAAGCAACACGUUUUUAGAUGAAAAUUAGCGAAUAUUUUUAAUUUAUUGACAAUUUGCCAGAACAAGUUCGGUUUUUGAACGAAAAGAUAGAAAAAAGGAAUAAAUUAAUUGCAUAGGUAAUUAUUAUUAGUAGAAAAUGCGAGUCGCGAUGCGUGACAUGUUUAGGAAAAAAUAAGAAAAAAAAAUGUGUUAAAGCCAAGUAAAUAAAUAAAUAAAAUGAUGAAAAUAAUUUUAGCAGAAUGAAAAAAGGAAUGUAUUUGUUAUAAUUGUUAAGGUUAUAUUCCAAAUAAAAAAAAACAUA